AUGGCAAGAUUUCGAAAAUCUAAUUUGAUAUGGAAAUUUUGCCAACAACAAGAUGACAUCGUUCAACCCAAAUAUCUAGUAUCUUUAGGAGCCCAGUUGGCGGGACGGGUUGGGAGGGACUUCCAGCUGGCGAUGGGAGGCAGGAAGAUACCCCGAAUUUCGGAUAAAAAAUAUUCAUGGAUUUGGUUGGAUCUGGCAGGUCCAUUAUUUUACCCAUCCCUCCCAGAAUGGAUCAUUGACAAAAGCGACGCCUACUUCGUCGACCUUUACCACUCCAAUGCCGGCGAGUUCGGGACGGACAAGCUGGAUGGACACGUGGAUUUCAUAAUAAAUAACGGCCAUUCUCAACCCGGCUGUAAUCCAGGAUCGAAUCUUUUAUUCUGCAGUCAUCAAACGGCUCAGUAUUUAUUCGCGGAUUCAAUUGAUAACGCGUACGUGGCCUGUCAAUGUUCCCAGAAGGAGCUGGACCCCGACAAUUUCGAAAUUUGUGUGCAACAAUGUCCCAACCCUGUUUUUGCUGGGAUAUACACACCCCACACGUAAGAAAUACAUACAUUAUAUACUCAUUAGGUUAAUUUUUUUGUUCGACACUCUUUAAAAUCAUGUUACCCAUUUGCAAAAUAAAUUAACUCUGGAUUUUAUAUUAAGUCAACUGCAUGUA